UCGACGCCCGCCUGCAGCAGCAACAGCAGCAGCAGCAGCGGGAAAACUGGCUCCGGCAGCAGCUGCAGCAGCAAGCGGCGAUGCCGACUCCUUUCGAGGGCUGCUGCAGCGAAGCGGAGGAGUUCGCUGCAGCACCGCAGCAAGCAGCAGCAGCAGCAGCAGCAGCAGGAUACGAAGCAGGCGCAGCUUCUGUCUCUUCUUUGUCAGACAAAGGAGUUGACGAGGGGACACAAACAGCAAGACUUGCUGCUGCUACUGUUGGAGUCCUUUAUGAUUUGCGGCAGCUGCCCAGCUACUGCCUUGCUGCUGUCCGAGAGGUAG